CAAAAUCAUGGUAAUAACUUCUACUAAAAAUUAACAAUGUGUGUGUGCAUAAUGAUGAUUGAUGACAUGUAAAAUGCAAAUUCAAUUACUUAAGAUAUACUGUCCGAAAUAUCCGUAUCUAUUUGAUUAGCUUUUAAAAACGUGUCUAUACAUGUACUAAAAAAGAACCGUAAAAAAGGACGAAUACGAUCCUUCAUAAAGGGUUUUAGUCUUUGCUAAGAGUCUCUCUUCCUUCCUUAAAACUCCAUCGACACAUUUGUUUGUGCAUUCAAAUCACAAAAGCAAGUCGCGUCUCUUUUACUUUUACCAAUGGGUUCUACAUUCGAUCCACUUUCAACGGUCACCGACGAACCCGCCGUCGUCAACUCGCCGCCUCUCUCAAAUCUCACACAAGACGACCUCAAAAGAAUCGCCGCCUAUAAAGCCGUCGAGUUCGUCGAAUCUGGAAUGGUCGUCGGCCUCGGCACUGGCUCCACCGCCAAACACGCCGUGAAUCGAAUCAGCGAGCUUCUCCGAGAAGGAAAACUCCGAGAUAUAAUCGGAAUCCCUACUUCAACCACGACGCACGAGCAGGCGGUUUCUCUUGGCAUACCAUUAUCCGAUCUAGACUCGCACCCGAUCGUGGAUCUAUCGAUCGACGGCGCCGACGAAGUCGAUCCAUCUCUCAAUCUCGUCAAAGGACGCGGCGGAUCGCUACUGAGGGAGAAGAUGGUGGAAGGAGCGUCUAAGAAGUUCGUCGUGAUAGUCGACGAAUCGAAGCUCGUGAAGCAUAUCGGAGGAAGCGGACUCGCCGUUCCCGUAGAGGUUGUGCCGUUUUGCUGCAAUUUCACGAGAGGGAAAUUGGAGGAGAUGUUUCGAGAAGCGGGAUGCAAGGCGAAGCUUAGGGUUAAGAUCGGAUCUAGCGGCGGCGAAACGGCGGCUGUGACGGAUAACGGGAAUUACGUGGUGGAUCUGUAUUUGGAGAGAGACAUCGGAGAUUUAGAGGCGGCGAGCGAGGCUAUAUUGAGGUUGCCCGGAGUUGUGGAACACGGGAUGUUUCUGGGGAUUGCGACCACCUUGAUCGUCGCCGGGAAAUUCGGUGUAACCGUCAAGAAUAGGUUUGGCUAAAUGAGCCGAGAAAUUAGGGUUUAUGGUUCAAUUUUUGAUUCUCUCAUAAGAGGGAUCUGGUUAUGUAUUUUGACUUGUUGUUAUGUCAAAGACUCAUUGUAGAAGUUUUGACUUUUGACUAUUGAAGACUGCUUUAAAAAAAGUUUCGACGCAAUUUCUAAAGU